GUCUCUCGUGGACCAAGAAAGGCUCAUUGUGCUGCAAUACUGGAUUCAUUCAAAAAUAGGGUUUUGAAUGUUUUUGUGCAGAAUUUACUAGCCUUAUGCACUCCUAACUACUAAAUAUUUCCCGUUGAACCCGAUUUUAUUUAACAUACUCAUGUUUAACAUUGCUUUCCAUUUAAUUGAACUAAAAAUAAGAUAAAUCUAUGUAAAACAACGUCCAUAUUACGCGAUCUAGAGGAUAUAAUUAUGUGACUGUAGAGCACCUCUGGAACUACGAAAAAGAUUGAGCUGGAGCUAAAUCCUGUCACUUCAAGAUCGAGAUUCACUUUAUUGAUCUAUUCGACAUAUUUAAUGUUUUAUUAAAGGAGAUCCUUUUCUUUUUAAUUCUGAAAACUGCGAUUAAGGCACCCAAAAACCGUUCAGAUCGGGAGAGAAGUGUUCAGCUUUAAACAUUUUCUUCCUGCGUUUGUUCGGACCCACUUUCAUCUUCUCAUCGGAGAAGUGGGGUGAGAAAAGACGCUCCUAAUCGACCACAGUCGGGACUGGGAAGUACUUGCCAGAGGAGGAGACCAUGCCAGCUGCAACUCUGCUGCCGUUCACGGCUACCCCGAGUAGGAAGUCCGCCAACCCCAGCGCCUUUCGGCUCACGGAGAAAUUCAUCCUGCUGCUGGUCUUCAGCGCCUUCAUCACGCUGUGCUUCGGCGCGAUCUUCUUCCUGCCGGACUCCUCCAAGCUGCUGAGCGGGGUGCUCUUCCACUCCUCCCCGCCGGCGGAGGCGGCUGCGGACGGCGACCCCGGCGCCCCGGGCAGCGACGGCGAGAAGUUGGCCAAGAUCCGGCGGGACCACGAGAAGGCGCUGGUGGAGGCGAAGGACACGCUGCAGAAGCGGCCGGACGAGAUCCGCCAGGACAUCCAGCAGGACAAGGAGAGGGUCCUGCGGGACGGGCUCGGCAGGGCAGGCGGCGACCACCCGCUGCCCGACAUCGACUACCUGAGGCCCCCGGGAGCCACCGGCCGGGAGCCGGCGGAGCCGGAGACCAGGGAGAGGAGGGCGAGGAUCAAGGAGAUGAUGAAGUUUGCCUGGGACAGUUACAGACGUUAUGCCUGGGGAUCAAAUGAGUUAAAGCCGAGCUCAAAACAAGGACAUUCCAGUAAUUUGUUUGGAAGCAUUCAAGGAGCAACUAUAGUGGACGCACUUGACACCCUGUACAUGAUGGAGAUGUAUGAGGAGUUUGAAGUGGCCACGGAAUGGGUCGAGAAGAAUUUAGACUUCAAUGUGAAUGCUGAAGUCUCCGUCUUCGAAGUGAACAUCCGGUUUGUUGGUGGACUGCUGUCAGCCUAUUAUCUCUCGGGCAAAGAGGUGUACAGAAAGAAAGCAGUGGAGCUCGGAGAGAAGCUUUUGCCAGCCUUCAAAACCCCCACUGGCGUCCCGUGGGCCCUGCUGAAUUUGAAGAGUGGAAUUGGGAGAAACUGGCCAUGGGCGUCUGGAGGCAGCAGUAUAUUGGCAGAAUAUGGUACUCUUCAUCUGGAGUUCAUGCACCUCAGCAAACUUUCUGGGAACCCUGUUUUUGCAGAAAAGGUAAUGAAUAUUCGCAAGGUUUUGAAUCGUUUGGACAAACCACAAGGACUGUACCCAAAUUAUUUAAACCCUAACAGCGGACAGUGGGGACAGCAUCAUGUGUCGGUAGGAGGACUCGGAGACAGUUUUUAUGAGUACUUGCUCAAGGCAUGGCUGAUGUCGGAUAAGACUGAUGAAGAAGGCAAAAAGUUGUACUACGAUGCCGUUCAGGCCAUAGAGACGAAUCUGAUCCGGAAGUCGAGCGGGGGUCUCACGUACAUCGCGGAAUGGAAGGGGGGCUUGCUGGAGCACAAGAUGGGCCACCUGACCUGCUUCGCUGGGGGGAUGUUUGCUCUGGGCGCAGACGGAGCCCCGAGUGACCAGACUGGGCACCACAUGGAACUGGCCGCGGAGAUUGCCCGCACGUGCCACGAGUCCUACGCCCGCACCUCGCUGAAGCUGGGGCCGGAAGCCUUCCGGUUCGACGGGGGUGUGGAAGCGAUCGCGACGAGGCAGAACGAGAAGUACUACAUCCUGCGGCCUGAAGUCAUAGAGACCUACAUGUACAUGUGGAGGUUCACUCACGACCCCAAGUACAGGGACUGGGGCUGGGAGGCAGUGCAGGCGCUGGAAGAGCACUGCAAGCUGGACGGAGGAUACAGUGGGGUUCGAGAUGUCUAUGCCAGCCACCCAAGCCAUGACGAUGUGCAGCAGAGCUUCUUCUUGGCAGAAACACUCAAGUAUCUGUAUUUGCUGUUUUCUGAGGAUGAUCACCUACCCUUUGACCACUGGGUGUUCAACACAGAGGCACAUCCGUUGCCAGUAAUAAGGAAAGAAGACGCUGACAAACCCAAACAGCAGAAAUAGAGCCAGCGACACCCUUAGGUGAGGAAUAUGGAACUCGAGAUGACAGCUCAGACUCUUUCUACUCGUCUGCCUUCUGAUUCUUCCUUACUACAGUGUCAGAGGCGUCCUACCACACAGACGCGUACGGAGAGGCGACAUUCUGACACCUGAUCCUUUCAUCAUGUCCGGGGGGAUCAACAGCUCUGGCAGUCCAGGCUUGUUAGUCGUUUCAAGACACUUUUUCCUCAAGACUCCGUUGAGCCUCUGAGAAACAAGGUUCCUCAAAGUGUUUUUGUCACCUUAUAGAAGAGAGAUAGCAGUCUGCAUGUUCCCUGUUUUGUAACAGACAGUUUUGACUGCUGUGAUGUUGCAGAGGCUGUAAGACACUUUCCUCCUCUGUGAGGAGACGAGGCCACUUUCAGUUUUAAUAUUUGCUGUCACAAAAAAAGCCAUAACGAUUAUAGAAAGCUUUAUACAAAGGAACAUUUUGUGAAUGUAUGUGUGUCAAAAUCUCAUUGUGGUUUAGAUCUUUUUUUGCCUUUAACAUUUUAUUAAUUGCUGGUCAUAUUUUUUUUAAUUCUAUGAUAAAAUUAGGUUUUUAGUAGGAUUUAGUUCUGAUGAAGACAUGGGGCUGUUUUAAUACUGGUAGCCAGUGCUAAGCAACAUCUAAUCAGAUUAAAAUAGUGCCUUUAGUCUAUAUCAUGUACGAUAAGUAAUGUCAUACAAAUGCCAAGCUUUUAAUUUAUUUCAGAGUAAUUUAAAUUGCAGAUAAAGACUGAAGUGGUAAUUUAUUCUCAAGAUUUUUAUCUCUUCCACAUUGCCACCUACUGGAAAAAUGUAUCCCUUUUUCUCCAAACUGCUUACCCAUUCAGAGUGCUGGUCUACUUAAAACCUUGCAUUAAGGUGAUCGUCUCUUUACGGUUCCCCUCGUAUGUGUUCCUAAGAGUGUAUAUUAUGUAUAUCAUUUAAAGUUAUAAUUGUGUCAAAGCAUCAUAAAUUAAGCCAUUUACUGUAAGAUAGGUAGGAUCUUUCUUUGAUCUGUCUAUCCAAUGCGCAUUUUUGCUCUUUAGUUUGAUUUGUGCAGGAGUUGCUUGUUAGUUUGUUGUGAGAAAAUGUCAGAUGGGAUUUUUAAAGUAUGUAUUAUGCAGGUCCCUUUUUUAUUAAUUAUUAAGCUACUGUUAAUAAUUUCUAACUGGAGUUGUGUUCCCUGCCGUGCAGAAUUCAGUAGGAAGAGAUCACGUAGUGUAAGCGCUUGAGUCAGUCCUGAGUGGAUAAAUGAGUGUAUGCGAGUGGGGCUACAGUGUUAAGAGUAAAAAUUAUAGGACGUUUCCCUCCCUCCCGUUGUUCCUUGAAAGCACAAAUUGUUGAUAUGGAUUAACUGAUGUGUGUGUAGUAGGAAUAUCCCAGCCAGUUCCAAACAAGCACAAGCAGAAGACACAAAUUGUAAUGGAGAGAUGCAAGAAAUGCUUACAUUGACUCUGUUCUACACUGGAUUAUAUUUUGAACUAGUCAUCUGUAUACUGUACAGGAGAUGUAAGAUUAGGGGGCUGUAAAUUCAGUACAACUGUUUCACCUUUCUGGGGGUUCUUUAAGCUGGAUACUCUUUCCAGUCGGGAAUUCUGGUAGAACACAUCUAACAGUAAGCGUUGUGCACAGUGAGGUGACAUUUCACAAAGCAAAUGUGCAUGUUUUUGCUGGAACCUAAACUGGAGCUUUUAGCUGCAUGAGGUUAUUAGACUUAUAAGGGAAUCUAAUUUUGUCUGCUUAAGAUUCAUCAUAUAUAUUUGACUGGCUGUAUUGAUUUUAAUUGCCUUUUUUACACCAUAUUAUACCUAAUGAACAUUUUAGGCCGUGGGUAUUUUCUCUUCAGGAGGCAUACAUGUUAUUUUUGGGAAAAUGGCAGCCUAAAAUCUUGCUUCUUUGUCAGAUUUUUGUCUUGGUUUAAUAUAUUUUUGUUACAAAUCUUACUGUAUACGUUUCUAUGAAUGUAAACUACAGUAUGUGCAAUUUUUUAGACAUGUGUCAGUUCAUUUCCUGUGUAAAUACACUGUCUGGGGCAAGAGUCUGUGUUUAUGAGGUAUAGUGUGAUCUUCAGCUGGACUUUCACCUGUGCUCAGUCAUAUACCAUUCAGUGGAAGGGAAAAUAUUCACAUUACACUGUGACAAUCUAUGUACUUGAUAUUGUUUCAGGGGUUAAUUUAUCUCCCUAAAAUAUUCCUGUAUUGAUUUGUAUUUUAGCAUUCUUUUAAUGUUUCUUGUUUCUUUGGUAAUGUUUGUUUUAAUGGAUAAUUACUUAUCAAAAUCCAUGUCAAGUAAAAUGAAAACUACAAUCAUUUGCUAGGGUAAACAGCUAAGCUAAGCCUUGGUGGUUAUCUGUAGAGUUACUCAGAACUUUAAUGUGCUGUAUAACAUUCAGUAAUAAGUCAUCUCCUCAAGUCUUUAAGAAUCGUGGUGUUAAUUUCAAAUUGAACUUAUGUGGUUGCAUAUCAUGAAGAGCCAUCUUAUAUUAUAAUGCCUUUUUGUAAAGUUGUUCUUUAUGGUUUUUGUUAAAACAUAAAGAUGUAACUGUACAAUGUUGCUGAUAAUCAUUCCAUUGCACAUAGUUUAUUUUCAUUUAUAUGCAAUUUAAUAUGUGAAAAGUGUCGUUUUCUUGUUUUGAAUAUGUAAAUAAUCCAUUCAGGCAAAUAUGCCACUAUACAUUUAUAUAAAUCUUAUGACAUUAUGGAAUUAAUGAUGAUAAGGAGCUGCAAAGUUUUUAAUAACUAUAUUUGUUACACGAUUGUGAAUAAAGAAAAUCUUUUAAUACC